CCCUUCCCCUACUUCAAUUAGAACAGACCUCUCUCUCUCUCUCAGAUCAACAAACCCUAGAGAUAGCAAAAGCCAUGGCGAUCCGGCACCUCAUUACCCGAGCAUCCAGCCGGUUCCACAGGCUUUCCCAGUCCCAUGCCCUCCGGCCGUUUUCAACCUCCUCCGCCGUGGCGGCCACCGCCACCGCUCCGCCGCCCUCCCCUCUUCCAUCUGACGCCAUGAUCUACGACCGCCUCGCCGAGGCCGUCAAGGAAAAGAUCAAGAAGCUCGGCAAUCCGGACCCACGUUUCCUCGUCCAUAACUCUCCCCAUCCAACCCUAGCUGACCACACUCCAAUCCUCGCCGCCCCUCUCACCCGCGUCACCACGCUUCCAAACGGGCUCCGCAUCGCCACCGAGUCUAACCUCGCGGCCAGCACGGCUACCGUCGGCGUCUGGAUCGACGCCGGGAGUCGUUUCGAGAGCGAGGAAACCAACGGCACUGCUCAUUUUCUGGAGCACAUGAUUUUCAAGGGAACCGAGAAGCGGACGGCGAGGCAACUGGAAGAGGAGAUUGAGAAUAUGGGUGGGCAUCUCAAUGCCUACACUUCCAGGGAACAGACUACUUACUAUGCCAAAGUCAUGGACAAGGACGUGCCCAAAGCCUUGGAUAUAUUGUCCGAUAUCCUGCAGAAUUCCAAAUUCGACGAGAACCGGAUUAAUCGUGAGCGUGAUGUGAUUUUGAGAGAGAUGGAGGAGGUUGAAGGGCAAACCGAGGAAGUUAUUUUUGACCAUUUACAUGCAACAGCUUUCCAAUAUACUCCUCUUGGCAGAACCAUUCUUGGACCUGUUCAAAAUAUCAAGACGAUCACCAAAGAAAAUCUUCAGCAAUAUAUAUCGACACACUACACUGCACCUAGAAUGGUAAUUGCUGCUUCUGGGGCUGUGAAACACGAGGACAUUGUUGAGCAAGUAAAGAAAUUGUUUACAAAAUUGUCAACAGAUCCAAUCACAACUGCUGACUUAGUUGCUAAAGAACCAGCCAUCUUUACAGGCUCUGAGGUCAGGAUAAUCGACGACGAUAUGCCCCUGGCACAAUUUGCAGUUGCUUUCAGUGGGGCUCCUUGGACAGAUCCAGAUUCUAUUGCUUUGAUGGUUAUGCAGUCUAUGUUGGGAUCUUGGAAUAAGAAUGCAGGUGGAGGAAAGCACAUGGGUUCGGAGCUUGCCCAAAGGGUAGGAAUCAAUGAGAUUGCCGAAAGCAUGAUGGCAUUCAACACCAACUAUAAAGACACCGGUCUUUUUGGUGUUUAUGCCAUUGCUAAGCCGGACUGCUUGGAUGAUUUGGCUUAUGCAAUUAUGUACGAGACGAGCAAGUUAUGUUAUCGAGUUUCUGAAGCUGAUGUUACUCGUGCUCGUAACCAGCUGAAAUCUUCUCUGCUGCUUCAUAUUGAUGGAACCAGUCCUGUUGCUGAAGAUAUUGGGCGCCAGCUACUUACAUAUGGAAGAAGAAUUCCAUUUGCAGAAUUGUUUGCCAGGAUUGAUGCUGUAGAUGCCAGCACAGUCAAACGUGUUGCAAACCGUUUUAUAUUUGACAGGGAUGUUGCGAUCUCUGCCGUGGGCCCUAUCCAGGGGUUACCCGACUACAACUGGUUCAGGCGCAGGACCUACUGGCUCCGUUAUUAGGUCUUUUCCAUUGUGGUAUCUUCUUCUUUUGUUAUUUCCUCACUUUCUCCAUGUGGCCUCAGAAACAUUAUCUCCAUUCACACAAGCAAAUGACUUUGUUGAGCCAGGGGUGGCUUAUCAUUAUCUAAUUUUUGUGUUCCCAGAUUUUUGUUCAUGUAACAUUUCCCUGCAAUCAAUAAUAAUAGUGUUGUAUUCAGUGAUA